AUGGCCAGAAGUCGGGCGGGUUCGAGGUUGAGCUUCCGCAAGAGCAGUAGCUCGUCUAUCCCUCGGGUGGAAGCCGCGGAAUCGCCGCAAGAGAAGCGAAAAAUGCACAUUACGGGAAAGGCAGAUCCCUCCAAAGCAAUCAAUGAAGCCGAACCAGGCAAGUACCGCUGCGGCAUCGAUACGAAGAACAAUGGUUAUUUUAAUGGACCUCAACCUCCGAGACGAGCUCCUUAUGAGAGCGGAAAUCACCACGGAGACCGCACGGGGAGCAGUAGGCCUGACAGCUAUUAUGACAAUGGGUCUUCCCCAUCUACUGCGUAUUAUGGUGGCCCGAAUCGCCGCUUCGGUCCACGCAAUCAUUCGGAUCCAGCGCUCUAUGGCAAUAAGGCUCUUCAAAGUGGCCAGAACGGAGUCUAUCCCUCGCACGUCCAUCAUCAAUCGUACGACACCGUUGGAACCAGCACAAACGGAAGUCAUGUAACGGAGCCUUGGGGAAAUUCCACCGAUCCAAGCAGUGAGAAUAGCUCAAUUGACAGGAUUCAACCUCCGCCAAAGCCUGAUCCUGGCGAGGCAUAUGGCUUCAGCGGGUUCGGUGGAGGCCCCCAAUUUGGUGGCCCAAUUUUGGAGGAAUAUAGCCAUGACACUCCUGGUCCUGGUUAUGGUCAAGCGGGAUACGGACAAUCGCAGAUGACUAACGGCAAUGUGAUGCCGCCUCAAACAAAUGGUGGUCCACCCAGGGUACCACCUCACGGUCGCCCAGCUCCGCCUCCGAAAGAGGGCGUUCCUCCUCGAGUUCUUAGCAAGCACUCUGGGUACGGCUCAAAGCUGCGGCGAGGAGAGUACAAUCAACCACCACCGGUUGCAGACAAUGAAAAGCGCAAGAGUUGGCUGAAGAAGCGGUUCAGCAGAUCUUGGACUCGGCCUUUUCACGAAUCACUGUGCACAUCCCUAUAUGAUGCAAUCCGGUACCUAGGAGGCUCCAUCCAGGGCUUGAUCAGUUUGACAGUUAUGGAGUCAAUCACUGAGACACCGCGAAAGAAGCGGAGAAUUGAGGGUGAUUUUGCGUCCAAAGGUUACAAUUCGCAGGAUGACAGCGGCGAUGAUGUUUUUGAGACUUUCAAUACCAUCGAGACCGUUCCUCUUCCCACAAGGGUCCUCGCUCAUGAUCUCACUACACAGUUCGUUACGCAGCCUACCCAAAUCAUCGAUAGAGACCGCACGCCUCAAAGCGAUGGAACAGGCGAAGUAUCGGUGGUACAGGUUCAGGCCUCGUCACCUGCCAAACCAUCUAUCGCUAGUUCACCACUGAAACCCUCCCCAAAGCAAAUAUCAGUUUCGAGUGUUGGGCUAGCGACAUCGCUGGCUCCAGCAGGGACGUCUUAUCGCCCCCCUGCUGGAAUUAUCAGACAACGCCAUUCGCCACUUCAGCAAAAUUCGUCCGUGAUCGAACUGAGUGAUGAAGAUGAUGGACCCAGGUACCUGGUUGGGAGCUCGGACGAGGAGUCUCAGUAUCCCAAGGCCGACAUCAAGCCAUGUAUAUUCAAGACUACAACGGACAAGGUUAAAAAGCCAAGUAGCAUUGAUAAGUUCAGAGAGGUCACUUCAAAGUCUACAUACAACCCUACAGAGCCUCUAAACGACAUUAGCGUCGAUAGUAUUGCUGAUUACCAGGUUAGAGCAAAGGUCAAACGAAUGCGAACAAUCCUGCCAAUGAAUUCGGUCCUCGAAUGCAGGAAUGCACUUCUCGAGAAGAGAAAUAACUUUGAUGACGCUAUAGAUUUCCUGGUUGCUCAAGGGGACAGGAAAAGUCCUACGAUCGAUCUUACUAAGGAGGAAACAUCUAUAUCAUCAACACAACAAAGAGGGCUACCUCAAUUGAAAAAACCAGUAGCUAAGCAACAGCUAAAAGCGCCGGCAAAAAAGAUACACGAAAAAUGGGCACCAACACAAUCUAUUCAGGCUGACAUUCCAUCUUUACCAGUAUCAGCACUGACAUCCCCUUUGACCCCACCCCCGAAAGCUCGUAAGCGGCUCGUACAAGGCCGCAAGAACGAGUCUCCAGCAGCUGUAUCACCAAUUGGACUGCCUAAGAGCAAAGAGCCAUAUGAUCCACUUCCACAGCGAUCAAUUACUCCAGAGUCUGAAUCAUAUGAUUCUGGGUUUGGUCAGGAGCAUGACGAUGGCCUCGAGCAGAGGCUUUUGAAAUUUUUGAACUCAUGCUCGACCGCAGAUCUCAUCGAUAUUGCAGCUGUACCAGAAGCUACGGCGAAUUUGUUGGUGUCUCAUCAGCCAUUUGCUACACUCGGGAAAGUGAGGAUGGUCUCCGUAAGCUCUACAAAGUCCAGGGAAGGAGCGAAAAGUGCGAAGCCAAUAGGCGACAAGGUAGUUGACAAGUGUCUGGAUAUGUGGCGAGGUUACGAAGCUGUUGAUGCAAUCAUAAGGGAAUGUAGCGAUCUUGCACGACCAAUAGAAAAGGCAAUACGUAAGUGGGGUGUCAAUCUAGACGAUGUUAGGAAAGGAGAUGGUGAACUUGCAAUCGUCGACAUAGAAACAGCCAGCAACACCACGAAGGACUCUGGCAUUGGAACACCAACAAGUCGGAGCGUUUCUGUUGACGCAGAAAACGAAACCAACGCAUUGCCUGCAGCAGUCCAACAUAAGCAAGGCUUUCUUAGCCAACCCUCCAAUAUGUCAGACGCCGUCUGCCUUAAAGAUUAUCAACUUGUGGGUCUCAAUUGGCUUGCGCUGCUCUAUGACCAGUGUCUUUCUGGUGCAAUCCUGGCCGAUGAUAUGGGUUUGGGAAAGACUUGCCAAGUCAUUGCGUUCCUGGCCCACCUUAUGCAGAAAGGUAUUCGAGGUCCCCAUCUGGUCGUCGUGCCCAGUUCAACGCUGGAGAAUUGGCUUCGAGAGUUCUCGAUCUUCUGCCCGAAAUUGAAAGUCGUUCCUUAUCACGGCAGCCAGCAUGAACGGCCCCAAAUUCAAAGACAGAUCGAAGCUGAUAGAGACUCUAUAUGUGCCGUUGUUACUACUUAUGUGACUGCAAAAGUCAGGCAUGAUAAUAAGUUCCUGAAAAAGAUGAGAUUUGUGUGCUGUAUCUACGACGAAGGGCAUAUGCUGAAGAACAGUAAGUCUGCCGGCUACGAGGCAUACAUGAGGAUUCCUGCAACAUUUAGGCUGCUGUUGACGGGCACACCAUUGCAAAACAAUCUUCAGGAGCUAAUAUCACUCCUCGGAUUUAUUCUACCAGCUACAUUUCGAGAGCAUCGUGAUGAUCUAAAUUUCAUCUUUAAUCAUAAGGCCCGUACCAAUGAGCACGAUGAGUCGCACGCUGCCCUCCUAUCGACCCAGCGCAUCGCUCGUGCAAAGUCGAUGAUGUCGCCGUUCGUGCUCCGCCGUAAAAAGCAACAUGUUUUGAAGCAUCUGCCACAAAAGCAUAGGAGGAUUGAAUAUUGUACUAUGUCAGAAUCCCAAAGUGAAAUCUAUAGGUUCGAAAAGGGUAAGGCUCUCCAAAUACAUGCCAAACGACAAGCAGGAUUGUCCACCAGCGGGGAAAGCUUGAACAUCAUGAUGGUUUUGCGACAGGCUGCAAUUCAUCCAUUAUUGUUCCGCCGGCUUUAUACCGAUCAACUCCUUAAGAGAAUGGCCUCGGCGUGUCUGAAAGAAAAGGAGUUUCGAGAUAGUAAUGUUGACCUAGUAUAUGAAGACAUGAAGGUUAUGACUGAUUACGAACUUAAUACUUUUUGUGACAGAUAUCCAUCCACCAUGUCCAAGUUUGGGCUACAGAAGGAGGAAUGGAUGGAUUCCGGAAAAGUUAAUGCUCUUUCGAAGCUUCUAGCGGGAUACGUCAAGAAUGGUGAUAAAGUCCUUGUCUUCUCCCAAUUUGUAAUGGUCAUGGAUAUACUCGAGCUCGUCCUAGAGACACUGGCUAUUCGAUUCUUUCGUCUUGAUGGACAGACGAAGGUUGAAGAGCGGCAAACAAUGAUCGAUGAAUUCUAUGAAGACAAGGAGAUCCCUGUUUUCCUUUUGAGCACGAGAGCGGGCGGUGCUGGAAUCAAUCUGGCCUGUGCAAACAAGGUUGUUAUUUUCGAUUCAUCAUUCAAUCCUCAAGAUGACGUGCAGGCCGAGAACCGAGCCCACCGUGUUGGCCAAACCCGAGAUGUCGAAGUCGUUAAGUUCAUCACAGAAGACACCAUUGAAGAGCAAAUAUAUGCUCUCGGACAGACUAAAUUGGCACUUGAUGACCGCAUUGCCGGACUUACUGACGAGCGUAGCGAUGAUCAGAUGGAAAAAGAGGGGGCAAAGAUGGUGGAAGAGAUGCUCAUAUCGAAUGUUUCCGCCGAGACAACCAGUAGUGGCGCCGUCGGAAUAUGA